UCUCCGGUGUCAGAAAGAACAUGGCCGCUGUGACGCCAUGUCGAAAGUUAUGAGCGCAAUGUGAAGAAAGGAAAAUAUCCUGAUGCAAGGCCGGUUUGGGCCGCAAAUGACUUUUGUACAUAUCAUCUGUUUAGUAAGCGAGACUAUUGGAAAGAGAAAGCUUCAAAGGGAUUUGGGGCUUUCGCAAGCUGAUUAAUGGAAUAAUAUGAAUCUUGACUCGUUAUCAUUUGCCUUGGCAGAAAUAAGCUAUUCUGUGUCCAAUUUAACAAAGAAGAAUUUCAAAUCGAGCGUUGGAGAAAUAAGUCAUCUUGUUCUGCAACACGGAGCUGAAGCAGAUAGGCACUUAUUCCGGUGCCUUUUCUCACAUGUAGACUUCAGCGGUGAUGGUAGAAGUAGCGGAAAAGACUUUCACCAGACACAGUUUCUGAUACAGGAGUUUGGGACUCUGCUGAGCAAACCAAAUUUUGUGUCAACUUUGUGUUACGCCAUCGACAAUCCAUUACAUCAUCAGAAGUGUUUACGUCCAUCACCACACCUCUUCCCACAAAUUAGUCGGGUCCUGAAGCUGACCCGCGUACAGGAAGUUGUGUUUGGAUUAGCAUUACUAAACUCUUCAAGCUCCGAGACUCGACCCCUUGCCGUACAGUUCGUCAAACAGAAACUACCAGAUCUUGUCAGAUCUUAUGUUGAUACAGUAGACACAGGAUUGCGUCAGGAAGGCGGUCUGCAGGACGUGGACGUUGAGAUACUCCACCUUCUGCUCAACCAGAUCCAGAGUAACAAGGACAACUUUGGACUUGGUGCAGAACAAAGGGAAGCUUUCUACAGAACACUCAGGAAAGACUUUCCUCACAACCGUGUCCCUGUCAUAUUAGGACCGUUGCUUUACCCUGAGGCAGAGGAUCUAGCUAUUUCAAAGCUCUCGGACACUACAAACAUGCCGAAAUCUGUGCUGGAUGCGUCGCUGGCGGACAUGGUUCUGGAGGCUGGAUACAGCUGCACCAUUAGUGUGGAAGAAUGUCGUGGGAAGCUCCUCCAGUUUGGCAUAAGGGAGAUAACUCCAGCAUCUGUGGCCAAAGUGUUGGGGAUGAUGGCAAGAACACCAUCAGGGCUGUCAGAAUCGGGGCACAACCAGGCCCAGAUGAAUGCUGCACCAGGCAGUGGCUGGCCUGACAUGGGGGAGAAGGUAGACAAGCUUGGUGUGAACACUUGGAAUGUUGAGGUGUUCGUCAGCGUCGUUCAGGAUCUGGUAAGGCAGAUUAAUCUGUCUGCUGUAAAAUAUGACAAGGCGCCCCACUUCAACUGGAGAGAUGUAGUGCUACAGCUUGAUCACUCAGGGUUCAUGGUUGUCAACAAGAAAGGACUGCGGCUGCUGGUGCAGGGACUGAUCCGAGGACUACAGGAAGUGUUUCCUGUCGAGUUUGUAUAUCGACCAUGGAAAAACACAGAGGGACAGUUGUCGUUCAUCAAGCAAGCGCUGCGUAACCCAGAUGUGUUCUGUUUUGGAGAUUACCCUUGUCACACAGUGGUCAUAGAUAUCCUGAAAGCUGCUCCAGACGACGAGAACCGGGACAUUGGAACAUGGAAAUCACUGGACCUUGUUGAGACCUUGCUGCGACUAUCUGAGGCAGGGUACUACCAGCAGGUGUCUGAACUCUUCAAGUUCCCCAUCCAGAAUUGUCCUGACAUGCUUGUACUGGCUCUGCUGCAAAUCACACCAACAUGGAACACCCUCAAACAGGAACUGAUAUCCACACUGAUGCCAAUCUUCUUAGGAAAUCAUCCAAACUCGGCUGUUGUCCUUCAUUAUGCUUGGCAUUGUCAGGGCCACUCCAGCACCAUCCGGACCCUGAUAAUGCACUCAAUGGCAGAGUGGUACAUGCGUGGAGAACAGCACGACCAGACACGACUGUCCAGAAUACUGGAUGUUGCACAAGAUCUUAAGGCCCUCUCCAUGCUGUUGAAUGCCACACCAUUUGCUUUUGUAAUUGACCUGGCUUGUCUGGCUUCAAGACGUGAAUAUCUCAAGUUGGACAAAUGGCUGUCAGACAAAAUCCGAGAGCAUGGGGAGCCGUUCAUACAGACAUCGGUGAACUUCUUGAAGCGACGCUGUCCACAGCUGAUGGGUGGUCCAGCCAAAGACGAACAACUACCACAGGCCAAGAGUCAGAUGCUACCCACGGAUACCAUAGCUACAAUGUUGUCCUGUCUACAGCACUGUGCCAGCCAAGUUUCCCAGGAGUUGUCAGAGGCUAUACUUACCAUGGUAGCGAAUGCCAGUAUGAUCCUAAACAAAGCGAGACAAGCACCACCGGUACCGAAAUCCAACCUACCACCAACUCUGCUGAACCAACCAACCUCACAGUCAAAUCUGCUGGACAGUUUGGACAAUGCAAACACACUCGGAAUUCCCAAAUCAUGGGGCAUGUCAGGGGUCAACUCGGGCUUCCCCCAGAACCUUACCUCCCUGAGCACGACAGCUACACCAGGAUCCCCAGCUAAGGGAGCUGGCUUCCAACCUAUCUCACAACCCAGUGGCUUCGGGGCCAUGCAGAACAUCACAAACCAGCUACAAAGUCUGUCCAUGUCCAACCCCAUGGGAGUACCACCAAGGAAUCCCAGUGUAAAUACAUUGGGAACUAUAAGCUCCCAGGCAGUAAUCAAACAGCAACAGCAACAACAAGUACAGCAGCAGCAGCAGCAGCAACAGCAACAACAACAGCAGCAGCAGCAACAGCAGCAACAACAACAACAACAACAACAACAGCAACAGCAGCAGCAACAACUACGAGCAGGAGGGAUGUCACAGGUUAGUGGUGAGAUGUCUACCAUUUUCCCCGACAUGUCGCAGCAAUUUACACGGGAGGUUGAGGAUGAGGCCAACUCGUAUUUCCAGAGGAUCUACAAUCAGCAUCCCCACCCUACCAUGUCUAUUGACGAGGUGCUUGACAUGCUGAAACGCUUCAAGGACUCGCCCAACAGGAGGGAAAAGGAUGUGUACGAGUGUAUGCUACGUAAUUUAUUUGAGGAGUAUCGAUUCUUCCCCCAAUACCCUGAGAGGGAGCUGCAUAUUACUGCUGUUUUGUUUGGAGGGAUCAUUGAAAAGGGACUAGCUACAUACAUGGCACUUGGUAUUGCCCUGAGAUAUGUGCUGGAGGCCUUGAAGAAACAGCUCAAUUCUAAAAUGUAUUACUUCGGAAUUGCUGCCCUUGACCGCUUCAAGACGAGACUGAAGGACUACCCCCAGUACUGUCAACAUCUGGCCGCCAUUCCCCAUUUCCAGCAGUUCCCGCAGCAUCUGAUUGAGUUUGUUGAAUAUGGGGCAAGAUCACAAGAGCCUCCAGUGAUUCCUUCCAUAUCACGAACGAUGACCCCGACAGCAGUUGGUGGGGUAUCGUUUACAGGGACCGCACCGACAGUGACUCCUACACCAACCAGUGCUGCCAUUUCAUCUGCAGAAGGGCCGAUGCCACCGGUGCUUGCCCCAGCCCCUGCCGCUGCCCCUACCCCUGCUGCUGUCACCACGACAACCACAGCUACCACAACAGCUGUAACAACGGGGACCACCAAGCCAAGCAGCUUACCUAAGCCGUCCAUCGCAAGUGCUACAAACAUCGACACCCUCCUAGCGGGUCAGGGUAAUGAGGAAUCCUCUAUACCGCCAGAGUCAGUUCAGGACAAAGUCUUCUUCAUCUUCAACAAUCUGUCUUUGGCCAACAUGGUCCAGAAGGCGGAGGAGUUGAGGAAGGAGAUUACUGAAGACUACUAUUGUUGGUCUGCCCAAUACCUGGUGAUGAAGAGGGCCAGCAUUGAGCCCAACUUCCACACCCUGUACGCAAACUUCCUAGAUGCCCUGCAGAUCCCCGACAUUGCUCAUAUGGUCAUAAGGGAGACCUUUAGGAACAUCAAGGUUUUGCUGCGAAGUGACAAAGGGGAUGCCAACUUCUCAGACAGAACUCUGCUCAAGAACCUCGGUCAUUGGCUCGGCAUGUUGACGCUGGCCAAAAACAAACCUAUUUUGCAGAUUGACAUAGAUCUGAAGGCCCUGCUGUACGAGGCUUAUCACAAGGGAGCUAGAGAACUAUUGUAUGUUGUCCCUUUCACAGCCAAGGUGCUUGAGUCGUGUGCCAAAAGCAAGGUGUUCCGCCCUCCAAAUCCAUGGACGAUUGGAAUAAUGAAUGUUUUAGCAGAACUUCACCAGGAGCCAGAUCUGAAGUUGAACCUCAAAUUUGAGAUAGAAGUGCUUUGUAAAACAUUGACACUGGAUCUUAAUGAGCUGAACCCAAGUACGUACCUGAAGGACACAUCACGAAUAUCUACCACUGAGCCCCAGCUCUCCAACAUGGUUAAGAGUAUGCCGCCACCACCCAUGCCAAUACCACAGCCUGAGCAGCCCUUGGUCCAGCUCACGGCCCCAGUCCCCACUCCCCCAGUUUCCACUACAUCUGUCGCCUCUACCGUCACCACAACAACGCCCAACAUGCCACCCAGGCCACAGUUUGCAUUUGAUGAAGUUGUGACUGCAAAUCUCAACAGUAUUGGAUCUCACAUUGUGACAAGUGACCAGAUUCCACUGUUUCAAGGAAACCCGAACCUUAAGCAGCUAGUGAAGAUAGCCUUGGAGAAGUCUAUCCAGGAACUCCUGCCCCCUGUGGUAGAGCGUACCAUAAAAAUCACACUGCAGACCUGUGAACAGAUCAUCAAGAAGGACUUUGCCCUUGAUCCCGAGGAGAACCGGAUGCGAGCAGCAGCCCACCACAUGGUACGCAACAUGACAGCUGGUCUGGCCCUGAUCACAUCCCGGGAACCCCUCUACCUCAGCAUCAACAACAACCUCAAGAGUGCUUUUAUGACCACGCUCAGAGUGAAUGAGGGUGCUACACAGGCACAGAAGGAGAUGAUCGAACAAGCUGCCCAGCUUGUGGCCCAGGAAAACACAGAACUGGCCUGUGUGUUUAUACAGAAAACAGCUGUGGAAAAGGCAAUACCCGAAAUAGACAAGCGACUAGCUACUGAGUUUGAUCUCCGCAAACAUGCAAGGUCAGAAGGACGAAGAUACUGUGACCCAGUCAUACUGACAUACCAGGCUGAACGCAUGCCGGAGCAAAUCCGACUCAAGGUUGGUGGGGUGACUGCUGGACAGAUCGCUGUAUAUGAGGAAUUCGCCCAUAACAUCCCGGGUUUUCAGCCUACCAACGACCCAUCACUGCCUCCUGGUGUACCAAAGCCAGUACCAACCUAUUCUAUUGAUGACCUGACCCAGAUCCUAGACCGUAUCAGGCGUGAUAUGGAACAGUAUAUGCAGCACUUGAUGGGAAUCCCCACCAGUAACCCGCUGGUGGUCCAACUCCACAGUCUGCUGGAGGCUGUCCUCCUAGCCCGCAACAACCGAGAGGUUGUCACCUCCAUUGCUCUUCUUCAGAAGGCGGUUGAAGGUCUACUGGAUCACUACACAUUCUCCCAGCUGUCUACCGACCAAGACCUACUGGUGCGCUUCAGGGACUGCAACCUGAUGGUGCUGAAGAGUUUACAGGACCAGAGGGCCUAUGGACCCCAGUGGACCAACAAACAGGUUACCAGGUGUUUGAUUGAGGUCGGAGGAGACAACAAAUACAACGCGGACGCUGUAGACUGUCUGAUACGUUCAGGACUGGUCAGCAUGCAGCAGUACGACCUGUACCUGGUCCAACUCAUGGAAAACGGACUCAACUACGUGGGAGUGAUGUUCACCAUGCAACUGGUGCAGCGCUACUGUGUAGACGAUAAGGCCAACAGUCCCGUCACAGAGGUGGACUUUGCCAACACCAUUGAGGCCCUGACACAGGUGAACACACGUAACCAGAGGCCUCCUGAGGGACUUUCCCAGAUGCUAGAAGGUCUACACCCCCCAGUGGAUUUUGGUCUGUUAGAACGUGCCAUAGGAGGCCCCACUUCCAUGAUGCAGUCUGGGAUAUCCCAGGCACGGGAACUAGACGACCCUCCAGGGCUCCAUGAAAAGACUGAGUUCCUACUGCGAGAAUGGGUCAAUAUGUAUCACUCACCUGCUGCUGGUCGGGACAGUACUAAGGCUUUCACUGCUUUUGUGCAACAGAUGCACCAGCAGGGAAUUCUGAAGACUGAUGAUCUCAUCACACGAUUCUUCCGUCUUUGUACGGAGAUGUGUGUGGACCUGUGUUAUCGCGCUCUCGGUGAACAAUCACAGAACCCUGCUCUAGUCCGUGCCAAGUGCUUUCACACACUCGACGCUUUUGUUAGACUCAUUGCCCUCCUCAUCAAACACUCGGGUGACACUGCUAACACGGUCACCAAGAUCAACCUUCUCAACAAGGUGUUGGGUAUCGUGGCUGGAGUACUACUGCAGGACCACGCUGUCCGCCAAUCCGAGUUCCAGCAGCUGCCCUAUCAUCGCAUCUUCAUCAUGCUCUUUAUUGAGCUAAAUGCUCCAGAACACAUCCUUGAGAACAUUAAUUUCCAAGUGCUCACUGCAUUCUGCAACACAUUCCAUGUGCUAAGGCCAGCCAAGGCUCCUGGGUUUGCCUAUGCCUGGCUGGAGCUUCUCUCACACCGAGUGUUUAUUGGGCGACUGCUGGCCCUAACACCCCAACAAAAGGGCUGGGGAAUGUAUGCACAGUUGCUGCUCGAUUUGUUCAAGUUCUUGACCCCGUUCUUACGCAAUGCUGAGCUGACAAAGCCAACUCAACUCCUGUACAAGGGUACAUUACGGGUCCUGUUAGUGCUGCUCCAUGACUUCCCCGAGUUCCUGUGUGAUUACCAUUAUGCCUUCUGUGAUGUCAUCCCACCAAACUGUAUUCAGAUGCGCAAUCUCAUUCUGAGCGCAUUCCCGCGCAACAUGCGAUUACCUGACCCAUUCACACCAAAUCUCAAGGUGGACAUGUUGGCUGACAUCGCACAUCCACCCCGCAUACUUACCAACUUUGCCAAGAUGAUUGAGCCAGCCUCCUUUAAGAAGGACUUGGACUCCUACCUGAAGACAAGGUCGCCUGUCACCUUCCUGUCUGAGCUUCGUAGUAAUCUACAGCUGAACGAGCCAGGGAUGCGGUACAACAUCCCGCUGAUGAACGCACUAGUGCUGUAUGUCGGGACACAGUCCAUCCAAAAUAUCCACAGCAAGGGCCUCACCCCGAGCAUGUCUACCAUUAUUCACUCGGCUCACAUGGACAUCUUCCAGAACCUGGGUGUGGACCUUGACACAGAGGGUCGGUACCUGUUCCUGACGUCCAUCUCCAACCAGCUACGAUAUCCCAACAGCCAUACUUACUACUUCAGCUGUACGCUACUCUACCUGUUCGCAGAGGCUAAUACUGAGGCCAUACAGGAACAAAUCACAAGGGUGCUACUUGAAAGGUUGAUUGUAAACAGGCCCCACCCAUGGGGAUUACUUAUCACCUUCAUUGAACUCAUCAAAAACCCACAGUUCAAGUUCUGGAAUCAUGAGUUUGUACACUGUGCUCCAGAGAUUGAAAAGUUAUUUGAGUCGGUAGCCCGUUCGUGUAUGCAGCCCAAAACAGGACAGAGUCUGAGAGAGGCGGAAACAAACGAAAUUCACUGAUCUCAAUUGGUGUUGAAGAAACAAUACACUUUUUCCAGACAAUAGUUUAUUUUUCAAACAAGACAGCUUAUUAUCAUGAGUCGGAUCAUGUGAUUUUGUUACGAGAAUUUGAAGUGAUACUCUUCAAAAUUAUGUGUGAAAACUACAUGACGAUUUUUGCCAAGGCAACUACAAUGUGUUCGUAUGUCAGAGACAUUUGUAUGAUAACGUUAACAAGUUUCAAUGGAAACCAGGCACUGAAUGGCCAUUGUUAUUAAUAAUGUGUGUAGAUUUUGUGAGUUAUGUAUAGAUGGCAAAGUUCUAAGAAGAAUGUUUGUUUUCAUUCCUGUGAACCAGGAACUUGGAAAUAUUGUCUCUUGAAAUAAAACUUUAUUGCUUGCAUAA